AUGUCGCUGGCGGGGCAGCGAAACAAGGGGCUGACUGGACUCGAAGNNGAAGGAUACUCGUCCAUCGACUACCUGAUUUACAACCACCAAGACGCGACGCAAGGCCAGAAGAGCGAUUGGGAUGACCAGGAACAGCGGAAUGAGCUUCUGCUGGGGUUACGGCAGCGGCGGGUGCUGGUGCAGUCGGCCGUGCAGCAGAAGAAGGUCUGCGUCUUUGGAGGCUUCCAGGCCGCAGACGAAUACAUGAAAGAGCUGGGAUGGCAGGGGCGACUCGAGGCCGCCGCCUUGACACGCGCCAACAGCGACCCCAAAGUCGUCAUGCAGAACCAACACAUUUUCAGCAUGUUUCUUGCUGCCGUCGAGGCUUCGCUGUCUAUUUCGCUGUCGCAGCUAUGUGGUGCGAUCCGCGUUGGCCAUCUGACGUGGCUCCUUCCGACCGAGGGCGACCAUCAACUGCUGUCUCUCCGCGCGCAAAUGACCAGCCAGGGCACACUUGCUCUCCUUCCGCACGCAAACAACACUGGUUUAUCCAUUGCUUCCGACACUGACGGUGCCAACAUUAUCCUCGCUCCCUCGGGCACCCCUGCCAUUGUCGCAUCCNCCCUGGACCUUCCAGACUACCACGACGGCGCGUCAUCAUACCAAUCUCGCAGAGAAGCGCGUAUGCGACUCAGUCGUCGCGCAAAACAUGACAACUGGAAGAACUUGGCCGCGACAAAGUUGGCCCAAUCAAAUCUACCACAUGACGAUUCUUGGUUGAGAGUUAGUGUGCGUUCAUCCACCUCUCAAGAUCAGGUCGAAUGUCUAUGGCCUGGUCCCUUGUGCUUGGAGAUACCUUCGCGCCAAACGCCACCUUCCCUAGAUCGGACCGACAGCAUGCAUUGGUUCGACUCGAGAGACCCGUACCAAAACCCUCUGGACUCUGCUGAAGCUUGGUUUCUCGGACAGGAAGAGCGUCUGAACCAGGAACAAAAGACUCGUCAGGCUGAAAAAGACAAGGAGACAGGUGCUAAUAACCCACCCGACGAAGUGAUACCCGAUCAUUUGUCUGUGACAUCACCCAUAUACUCUCGCAGCGUGCAGGAUCAGAUUAGCGUCAAUGGCAUCUAUCCGACACCCCCUGACGCUAUACCACCGAUCAUCUGCUCGGACCCGUCUAUACCUAAUGUCAUAGUCUCUGACAACCCUAUCGAAACAUUGUCUGAAUUACUCGAAGACACCCAAGACCAGGCUCAGGACCAGGAUCAGGAUAUGAGGAGGAAUAGUAAUACCUCGGAUAUCGACCUCGACACCGAACAUUACCGCAAAGGAAGCACUGAUGAUCUGUUUGGAGACGCUGAUGAAGAAAUGUUCGAGAACCCUGGUGUGACGGAUGCUGACUUCAACUUCUUUGACAAUCCUGGAGGUGUUAAUAAUAUGCCUUCGAUCACUGAGCCGCUCGAGGAAACGACAGACGCAAUCUCCGAUGCUGCGCCAAAAAUUGAAGCUGUUGUGCUUCAACCACUAUCUGAUGUGAUAGAGCCCGAUGAGGAUGUGCCGCUGGAGCUUGCCAGGAAUCAGGACAUUGAGGAAGAAGAUCCAGAUGUCGAGAUUGAAGAUGCGACCGAGGAGACUGUUUCUACUCCACCUUUGAGCCCGCUGAAGAUCAAGGAGAAGCUUUUGCCAGAAGACCAAGGAGAAAAUAAAGUACCUAGCUUGCGACGUGACAGCACGUUCCUGCCUGUGGUAUUCAAAGGCGACCUCUCCCAUUUUGACGCCAAAUAUAGAGCACUUGGCAAAUUCGACAGCCGUUUCAGCAAGAAGGAAGACGCCACGAGCAGAUCUAACAGCAUCGCACUUCCUGAAAAGCCUUUCAGACCACGCGUCUUCAAUCCACUUUCCCGAAGGCGAGCCACGGUGGCCGAAGCCAAAUUCACGCCUCGGGUUGAAGACAUGUCGCAGCAAGAUUCUGAGUCUGAGACCAGUCAAGAUUCAGACUCGGAGAAUACUUCGUCCAUGGAAGGAAGUCUUCGUUCGCUUGACAUCAGGAAAAGGAAGCGAGGUUCUGCGGAUGAAGGUCCAACUCCAAGAUUGCUUGCGGAAUCAAUUGUUGAGAGCGAUGUGGAAAGUGUCAUGUCUGACGCGACAGCGAUGGCUGACCCUGGACCUGUUAUCGAUCAACUGGUUGCCGCGAGAGAGUCGCAGAAUCGUUUUACAGAGCAGCAGCACAAGUUCUCAGACAAUCUUUCCACCUGGAGGACACCGUGCAAAUCUUUACCGCCAAGUCAAGAUCUUAGCAUCUGGCCUGUCCUUGACUUUACCGCCGACGACCUUGUUGAUAUAGCUCAGCUUGUUGCUGAACAGAGUACUNUUGCUGAGACCCUCAAGCUUGAUUCUCUGGAUAGUCCGACUGUGUCUUCCCCUGUCUACUCAACUGCUCAAGAUGCGCUGCGACAAGUGUUCGAAAAGGCCCAAGACUGUGACUUUGCCAGAGUUGGUGCAAUGGCUGCUUAUCAUGCUGAACAGGCCANNUUGCAGCUGCUGCGAAAAACUCAGCAACGUCCUGUGCCGCGGCGGCCUGGUGGCAUCAACUCUGUCAUCACGAUACCUGCACCGGCUGUCCAUGUCCGUCGAGCAGGGCAAGAGUGGGAACUUCAACCGACUGCCAUCAACUUCUGGGACACUCUCGGUCUGGAACCUGCGAAUGGACCAAAGGAUGUCGCAGCAUUUGCUCUAUAUCCCGACAGUGGUGUCAUGGGCGAAGCUGUCGCCGACUUUCUCCAGGACAUCCGUCUGGUGUACGAGACUCGCAAGUUUGGCAAGCACUAUAUCGGUGGUGAGACUGGAGAACAUGAAGAUGGGCUGAUGUCAUACCGCUCACAUGGCGAGGCAUCGAUUGUUAAUGUGUUGCAAAGCAUGCAGACGGCUUGCAACGCGCUCGGCGACUUGCUCCACGAUUCCGAUCUCGAAGACAACAUUGUCAUCUACAUGAUCAAUCCCUUUCAAGACGAGUCCAUGGUCAAAUAUCUGUGUGGUUGCUUUCAAGCCAUGCUUAUAGCUUACUCUUCGGAUCGCGAGGACCCACCUCCGGUGAUUCUGCAGAUUGUGCCUAUGAGCCGUAUUGCAUGUCCGACUGCAAUGAUUGUGCCGGACCAGACAUGGCUAAACUCACUUGCCUCAUUCAUCUACGACAGAGUUCCUCUAGAUCACAGCACCAACCACAAUUCUCUUUGGCCUGCAAACACGUCACCCAGUAUCCACCUCGCCACCCCUCCAAGCCGCAAGAUCAACUUUGCACUCUCGGAACGCACGCCACGGAAUCUGCUGGAGGAAGCUCAGGUCUUGCAUGUUGCGUACGCCGUUAAUGCAGACAAUAGCUGGUUGACUGCCGCAUGGACAAACAACACAGGUACACACCACCACAAAGCUUCCUACUGCCUCAGCAACACGGACGGCAGAAUCAUCCUCACUGAAGUGCGCGACACGACACUCAGUCUAUGCCGCAACUCGCCUCAUCGCAUAUUUGUUGCCCGUGCCGGCAUCAUGCGCGACUGGGAGAAACGCAUCUGGCGCGAGAAACCUGCCGAACAGUGGAGUAUUGCCUUCCUGGAUGUAGAUGUGAGUCCUGCAUUACAGGUGUGCGCCAACAACAAUGACAAUGGGUUUGGAGUCCAAGGCUUCAUGACGCCGGCACCUACACCCCAAGCUUCCACUUUUACAUCCCCAGAAGCGGGGGACACCAAACCUUCCACCCCUGCAGGCGAAACGCCUAAUCCUGAAUUGCAGCUGCAAGCCACAGAUCUAGAUGCUUUUCUCAUCGACUCGACAGACGAGACUUGGGGUGUCUUGAUGCCGUUCUCAUGUACAAGAUCCUCCACCCUUUCUCGCCCUCUGGCUUCUGGAUUGUUGCUCAAACGCGGUACUCCAGAUGCUCUGCACAAUCUUCCGGCACUAGCGGUGGAUCUUAUGGAUGUGGUGCCCCCGCGCAUUCCCGACGGAGUGGUUUCUUGGUUGGGGCCGAGGGCGCCAGAGACCGUCCUCAAAGAGACCAUG